AUGUUUGAAGAAAUUAUCAAAUUUGCUUACAAAUAUAAAUUAUCCUUUUUAGCUGAUGAGGUUUAUCAAGAUAAUAUUUAUGAAGAGAAUCGUAAAUUUCAUAGUUUCAAAUCAGUGAUGAAAUCAAUGGGUGAACCAUAUUCGCAGAUGGAAUUAUGCUCAUUUCAUUCAUGCUCAAAAGGUUAUAUGGGUGAAUGUGGCUUAAGAGGUGGUUAUGUUGAAGUAAUAAAUGUUGAACAAGAAGUUUUCAAUCAUUUACAAAAAAUGACCUCAGCAAAACUUUGUUCCACUAUACUUGGACAGUGUGCAAUGGAUUGUGUGGUAAAACCACCACAACCAGGUGAACCAUCGUAUGAGCAAUGGUUACAGGAAAAAACAGCAGUAUUAAAUUCAUUACAAGAACGUGCAAGAACAAUUUAUAAUGCUUAUAAUUCAAUGGAUGGUAUUGAAUGUAAUCCAGUACAUGGAGCAAUGUAUGCAUUUCCACGUAUUAAAAUGCCUCAAAAAGCAAUUGAUAAAGCUAAGUCAUUAAAUCAGGAAGCUGAUUUCUUCUAUGCAAUGCAAUUACUUGAAAAUAGCGGUAUAUGUGUGGUACCUGGAAGCGGUUUUGGACAAAAACCUGGAACAUAUCAUUUUCGGUUAAUUCAUUCUUUUAUGUUUUACACGUUUAUAUCAUAUUAUUUUAUUUUUUCUUUUACUUAA